AUGACACGGCCUCAGUCACUGGCACAAGGAGCAGAGCUCUCCGUGGCACCUGCACGCUGGCGCCCGCUGACACAUCGGGCACAAUCGCCAGCGCCACCGCAGGGCCCUCCAGACCCCGGCACACACCGAGCGCUCAGAGACGCCGCCAGGAAAACGGCCUCGCACUGUGACACUCACACAACAGGGGCAGAGGCUCCGACACAGCCGCCAGACGAGGCACCCGGCGGCCGCCGGGGCUCCGACCGCGCGCGCAUCGCCCCGCCCCCAAGCCGGCCCAAGGUGCCGCCGCUGGGACCCCAAGCGCCCGCCGGGUCGGCGCGCCCUCACCUACUGGCGACUCCUCGGCCCGCGGGCCCGACCCUGCGCCGCGCCGCGCGCGUCCUUCCGCCGUCCCGCGGGUCGCUGGCUGUCCCGCCGCUCGGCGUCCCGGCGGCCCGACCGCGGCGUGGGGAGCGCGCGGGGCGGCGGGCGGGGAGGGGCGCGGGGCGGGCGGCGCUGCUCCUCCGCUGCCUGCGCUCCCUCCGCAGCGCCAGGCCGGCCGCCCGCUGCAGCCCAAGCCUGACUCACGGCGACGGCGGCGGCGGCCGGCGCAGCCACCUCCCCGCCUCCUCCCGCCCGCUGGGUGGGGGCCGCCGGCGCCGGCUGGAGCCCCCCGGAGGCAGGGCCGGCCCGGAUGGGCUCCCCUCCAGCGCCCGACCCCCUGCAGGUGCCGCGCCCCGCGCGUCUCCCGGCCCCUCCCUGCCGCUGAGCCCCCGAGGCCCCUCCGAGCCCUCCCCUCUGCCUGCCCAUGGGAGGCCCCCUCCUCCCGCGCUCUCCCUCCGCUCCCCUCCACCCCUGCUCCCAGGACGGGGUCAGAGCCCCUUCCCCCAGGGGCGGCGCCUUCUCCGCCUGUUGCGUCUCCGGCUCCGCGCGCAGCCCUACCUGCCCCCACAGCCCCGCCCCUAA